UCUCUUCUUCACGAAGCACGAAGCCAAAUUCUGACCCAGAAAAUAAAUAAAUAACAAUUGGAAAGGGAUUGAAGGGUUAGGGUUCCAAAUCCUCGCCCUUCUGCGUCUCCAACUGCAAUUCCUUUCCCCUUUUUCUCCCUCAAUCCGCAUUUUGGAGGGGAGUUUGUGUUGUUGGAUCAAAAUUAGCACCAGAAACCACCUCGAAGUAUCCCCCAGGAAAUCAUUUCUGGGAUUCGCAGCGUACCUUUCUUAUCGUCAAGCUUCGAGGAAUCAAUGAGACGGGAAAGGUAUGGCUAUUGCUGAAUUACCCGAAUCGGAAAUGCGUAUAUGGCUUUUGUGGCUUAUUUCUGGGGAUUUCGAGGCGGUUGAAUUUUUAUAGUUUUGUUGGGGAUUGAGGGAAGGGGGGAAAGUUUAUACAUCGUUGGGGGGUUUUGGAUAAUUGGAGGAUUGGAGUUUCAAUCGAAUUCAAGUUACUUUGUAUAUUUUUUUCUGAAUUUUCGUUGUUGGAUUUGAAUUGUGGUUGCUGCUGCGUUUACAAUUUGCAUUUGAUGUGCGUUGAUCUAUGGAAACGGGCGAUACUCCUUCACCGAGGACUCCUUCCAAAUGUUGUGAUUGCGGUUGCAGUUGUUGUUCAUCGAACAUAUCCCUUUCAGGAGUAGUUAUCCGGUCUGUGAAGCGAAAAUUUGAUGAAUUCGAGGAAGAAAAUCAGUUCAAGAUCCCAGGACUCAUCAUUCCGCAAAAUGCUCGUGUGGAGAUAGAAAAUGAAUGCGUUGCUCUGCGAGAAACAGUUUCUAGUCAGCAGGAGACUAUUCAGGACUUAAUUUGUGAGUUGGAGGAGGAAAGGAAUGCUUCCUCAUCAGCUACAAAUGAGACCAUGUCUAUGAUACUGAGGCUGCAAAGGGAGAAGGCCGAGAUCGAGAUGGAAGCCAAGCAAUUCAAGAGAUUCGUCGAGGAGAAAAUUGCUCAUGAUCAGCAGGAAAUGUUAGAAUUGGAGGAGAUGUUGUACAAGAGGGAGCACACCAUUGAAGCCCUUACCUGUGAGAUUCAGGCCUAUAAGCAUAGAUUGAUGAGUUAUGGACUCAGUGAGGCCGAGGCCGAGGCUCAGGUUGAUGAAUUCUAUUUGCGGAACGAAGGGAAGUUAAUGAGCCGAGACGAUUUUGUGGGAGAGAAUGAAGAAGGGAAACUUGUGCUUCCUGGCUAUGAGAUUUAUCCUCCUCUCAGAUGUAAAACAAGCGAAUCCCAUUUAUAUCUGGACGGUCAUGACGAAGCUGAUGAUAUUGAGAAGCAUGCAUUUAUGGAGACUCCAUCUUCUCGGGAUGAGUUAAAGGAUUUGGAGUACCGAAUCAAUCAGCUUGAGAACACUCCAAGGACCAUUCAGCCUGAUGGAGAAUACGUCGGUUCUACUAAUGUGUUUGAAAAGGUAAUAGUUGGUCAGUCUCCAUCCUGGAAUAGGAAUGUCAGGGGGUUUUCUAAUGAUAAUGCAAAUAUGCCAUUGGUAAAAGAAAUGGGGAUUGAUGCCGGCAUUCCUCCUAAGUCUGGUGGAGGUAUCAAGAAGAUGGAAUAUUUGGAUUUGAACCCUAAUUUGAAGAAGGUGGAUAGUGCAGCAGAAGUUGGAGAUGACGUGAAUGAUAGAGUUUACACUGUUGAUUCCAUUCAUCGAAGAGCUUCUUCUAAUGGUGCAGUGGACCACAACACUUCUGCUUUCGUUGGCGGUGAUGACAAUAUGACGACACCCAGGGCCCUGGAAAUCCAGAAGCUGUAUGCGAGACUUCAUGCUCUUGAGGCUGAUCGAGAAACAAUGAAGCAGGCCAUUUAUUCUGUCGGAACCGAUAAAGCCCAGCUAGUGCUGUUGAAGGAAAUAGCGCAGAACUUGUGCAAGCAAAUGUCACCAUCAAGGACUGUGGUGGUUCAGGAGAAAUCGAUGGUUAGGAGCUUCUCAUUCGUGUCAUUAUUCAAGUGGGUCUUGUCCUUUCUGUUCUGGAGAAACAAAGCACGAAGAAGCAGGUACACAUUUGGGCUAUCACCGAAUAAUUCUGGCUUGCUGGCACUUUUAGACCGAAACCCACGCACAGGACCAUCCCGGAGAAUCACAUCUACCACGAACUUGCGAUGCUGAUCAAAGUGCGCGCAUGCGUGCUCGCUCUAUACCAUCAUCUUGUAAAGUCUGCUGCCACCAAUUUUAAAGCUUUUCCUUUUCUCCCGACUCUGCAUCACCUUCAAGUUUCGCCGUAUAUUCUUUUUUUGUUUGUUUUGUUUUGUUUCCUUUUCGGGCUGCUGCGAUGAUUCGAUUCAUUUUCUCGUGAAGUUUGGAUCUGCUGUUUUAGGGUAUGGUUCGCUCACAUACUAGAGAGAGAAUCAAUCCAUUCAUCCAUAUCCAUCCAUCCUUUUGUGGGUAUAGUAAUGCAUAUAAUGUUUGUUUUUUGUGUUUUCUGGGGACAUUGCAUUUAUUUGAUUGAUUGUCUUGGAAAAUUUUUCUCAAGAUUUGCUGUUGGUCUGGUCUGCCUACCUGCAUUAGUUCUUCUGUUUUGUACAUUACUUACUACUGAUUGCUACUAUUUGCUAAUGAAGAAACAGCUACUGUGUGGUGUCGCGUGCAUUUA